AUGCCAAUCCUCUUCUGCCCCUACUGCGCGAACAUGCUCAUCCUCUCCCGGAUGGACACAGGCGGCAACCGCGUAGAAUGCCGCACCUGCCCCUACCAGCACGCCAUCGAGAAGCCCUACUACUCGCGCAAGGUCUUCCCCAAGGUCGAAAAGGAAGAUCUCUUCGGCGGCCCUGAUGCCUGGGCCAACGCGCAAAAGCAAAAAGUGCAGUGCUCGUCCGCUGAGUGCUCGGGCGGGGAGGCAGCUUUCUUCCAGGUGCAAAUUCGCUCUGCUGAUGAGCCCAUGACGACAUUCUACAGGUGCUUGACCUGCGGGAAGAACUGGAGAGAAAACUGA